GCGCCGCCGCUCCGGGGCCCGCCCAGCCCCUCCCGCCUCCUCCGGGGGGGUCCCGGGGGGUCCCGGGGGGUCCCGGGGGGUCCCGGGGUCUCUUUGGGGGUCCCGGGGCUCUCUGGGGGUCCCCGGAAGGGGGGAGGGGGUGUCGGUGGGGGAGGGGCGAUGGCGGAGCCGCUGCUGCGCCGGACCUGGAGGCGCCUGAGGCGGAGAGAGCGGAGCGGGGCCCGGGCGGGGCCGGAGCGGAGCCCCUGGGGAGGGGGAUCCGUCCAGAGCGGCUCCAGGGAACCCCAAAACCGCCCUGAGGAACCCCAAAAUCACCUUGAGGAGCCCCAAAAUCGCCCAGAGGAGCCCCAAAAUCGCUUUGGAGAGCCUCGGGAUCAUCGUGGGGAGCCCCAAAAUCGCCUUGAGGAACCCCAAAAUCAUCGUGGGGAGCCCCAAAAUCGCUGCAAAGAGCCCAAAAUCGUCAUGGGGAACCCCGAAAUCGUCAUGGGGAGCCCCAAAAUCGCUUUGGAGAGCACCCAAACUGCCGUGAGGAGCCCCAAAACGUCCGUAGGGAGCCCCAAAACCACCGCGAGGAGCCCCAAAACCCCCGAGGAGCCCCAAAAUCAGCAUGGAGCACCCCAAAACCACCGUAAAGAGCCCCAAAACCACCGCAAGGAGCCCCAAAAUCGCUUCGGAGAGCCCCAAAACCGCCGUAAAGAGCCCCAAAAUCACCACGGGGACCCCCAAAAUCUCUCUGGGGACCCCCAGAAUCGCUGCCGGGACCCCCCCGAGGAAGAAGCCGAGGCCGAGGCCGGGCCCGGGGGGCGCUCCCCAAUUUUGGGGGGUCCCGGGCGAGCCCCCGGGCCCGGGGCGUACCUGCAGAGCCUGGAGAGCAGCAGCCGGCGCUGGCUGCUGGCGGCCGCGGGGACAGGCGACACCAGCGCCACCCGCAGGGCCACCAGGGCCACCCGCGGGGACAAGGACACGGCCCGAGGGGACAUUUGGUACAACCCCAUCCCCGAGGAUGAGGAUGAUGAAGGGACCGCAGGGGAGGUGACACCGCCGCGGGCCGUGGGGACAGCGGAGGGACGGCAGGAGGAGGAGGAGGGAGGGGACAGGCGGGGACAGGCCGAAGGGCAGCCUCCGGACCCCCCCUCUCCCCCCUGCAAGAGCCGCCCCCUCCCCAAGCUCCGCGCCCCCGGCCCCGUGCGCCGCCUCUCGCUGAAGAUGAAACUCCCGGAGCUGCGGCGGAGGCUGAGCCUGAGGAGGGGUCCCCAGAGCCCGGGGGUCCCCGCCGAGCCCCCCGAGACCCCCGAACCCCGCAACGUCCUCAGCCGCUACCACCUGGACAGCAGCGUGGCCUGGCCGCUGACCACCGCAGUGACCACAGCAGCGACCACCGCAGUGACCACAGCAGCGACCACCGCAGUGACCACCGCAGUGACCACCACAGUGACCACCGCAGUGACCACCGCAGUGACCACCGCAGUGACCACCGCGCGCUCCGGCCGCUCCGGCCGCUCCGGCCACCGCAGCGACGGCGACUCCCCGCAGCUCCGCGCCGGACACGGGCGGGCUCCGAGCGGUCCCGGGGGUCCCGGCAGUCCCGGGGGUCUCGGGGCUCCCGGUGCUCUCGGGUGUCCCGGGGUUCUCGGUGGUCUCACGGCUACUGGUGGUCUCAGGGCUCCCGGGGGUCUCAGGGCUCCGGGUGCUCUCGGGAGCCCCGGGGGUCCCGGUGGUCUCAGGGCUCCCGGGGGUCCCGAGGCUCCCGGUGCUCUCGGGGCUCCCGGUGCUCUCGGGGGUCCCGGGGGUCCCGGUGGUCUCAGGGCUCCCGGUUCUCUCAGGGCUCCCGGUGCUCACAGGGCUCCGGGGGUUCCCGGUGGUCUCACGUCUCCCGGUGCUCUCGGUGCUCCCGGCAGUCCUGCCGAUCCCGUCGAUCCCGAGGGUUUGGAUUUGGGCUCUUUCCGCCCUUACGGAGACCCCCCCUCGCGGUGUCCGGCGGUGUCCGGCCUGCUCGGUGUCCGGCUGCGGGGGCUGCGGCCGGCGUGGCCGGAGCGGAUCCGCUGCGUGCUGCAGGUGGACGGCGAGAGCCGCGCCCGGACCGCGCUGCUGCCCGCGGCCGCCGCCUUCGUGCGCCUCGAGCACCGCUUCAGGCUGCAGCUGGAGCGGGCGCGGCGGCUCCGCCUGGCCGUGAUGGGCCGGGACGGGAGCGCCGGCAGCGACCGCCUGCUCGGACACGGCACCGUGGGGCUGGCAGAGCUGCCCCGGGAGUUUGGGGGGUCGCCUGCUCGGACACGGCACCGUGGGGCUGGCAGAGCUGCCCCGGGGUGGCCGCACUCAGGCCCUGGCGCUGCAGCUCCGCCCCGGGGGGUGCUGUACUCGCAGCUGACCCUGCUGCAGCCUCCGGCCACUCCGGCCACUCCGGCCACUCCUGUGUCCCCUGUGUCCCCUCCUGUCCCCCCCCGGGUGUUCGGGGUGCCGCUGGGGGCGCUGCUGGAGCGGGAGGGGCGCCCCGGGCGGGCCCCGCUGAUCGUCAGCGAGAGCCUGCGGGAGAUCGAGCGGCGAGGGCUGGCCGUGGUGGGGCUGUACCGGCUCUGCGGCUCGGCCGCGGCCAAGAAGGAGCUGAGGGACGCCUUCGAGAGGGACAGCGCGGGGGUGGCGCUGUCCGAGCAGCUCUGGCCGGACAUCAACGUGGUCACCGGGGUCCUGAAGGAUUUCCUGCGGGAAUUGCCCACCCCGCUGGUGCCGCCCCGGCUGCAGCGCUCGGUGCUCGAGGCCAUGGCCCGGAGACCCCCCCGGGACCCCCCCGGGGACCCCACGGAGCUGCUGGAAUGUCUGGGAGCCCCGGAGAGGGCCACCCUGGGCCGGCUGCUGUCCCACCUGAGCCUGGUGGCCGCGCUGCGGCGCUGGAACCGCAUGGACAGCCGGAACCUGGCGCUGUGCUUCGGGCCCGUCCUGCUGCCCCCGCGCACCUGCCCAGGUGAGGCCACGCCCACCGCCAGGCCACGCCCAGCGGAGGGAGAGGAGGAGGAGGAGGAGGAGGAGGAGGGCGGAGCUGUGGAGUUCAAGAGACACCUGGAGGUGCUGCAUUACCUGCUGAGGGUGUGGCCAGUCCCCCCGCUCCCCGCCUGGGCCCAGUGCCCCCGGGGUGACCCCCCGGUGGUGGCCCUCGGUGACAAUCCCGUGGUGGCACCUAAGGACACCCCUGUGGUGGCAUCUGAGGACACUCCCGUAGUGGCACCUGUUGGGGACACUCCGGUGGUGGCACUUGGGGACGUUCCGGUGGCCCUUGGGGACAUUCCGGUGGUGGCGCGGUCGCGACCGAGGGGUCCCGAGAGCCCCCCCGGCCAUCGCUACGCGGGGGAUUGGAGCGACAGCGACAGCGACACCGCGGGGACAGAGGGGACAGCGGGGACAGAGGGGACAGUGGGGACAGAGGGGACACAGGGGACAGAGGGGACAGCGGCCCGAAACCGGCCCCAAAUCCCGCCCCAAAUCCCGUCCUGGACCCAACCCCAAAGCCGGUCCCCGUUCGGGGACAGCGACGGUGACAGCGACACCGCGGGGACAGAGGGGACAGUGGGGACAGAGGGGACAGCGGCCCUGAGUCCGCCCCAAAAAAUGCCCCAAAACCAACCCCAAAUCCCGCCCCAAAACUUCUCCCGGAUCCAACCCCAAACUCUGCCCCAAAUCCCGCCCCAAAACCUGUCCUGGAACCAACCCCAAAGCCGCUCCCAAAUCCUGCCCCAAAUCGCGCCCCAAAAUUCGCUGCAGACCCCGCCCCAAAGCCCGCCCAGGUCCCCGCCCCAAAACCCGCCCCAAGGCUGGACCCCACCCCAAAUCCUGCCCCAAAUCCUGCCCCAAAGCUCCCUCGGGUCCCAAACCCCGCCCAGGUCCCCACCCCAAAUCCGAUUUGGGGGCAGAGCCAGAUUUGGGGUCACAUUUGGGACUGGGGUCCCAUUUAGGGUCACAUUUGGGGUUGGGGACAGAUUUGGGGUCAGGGUCAGGUUUGGGGUCAGGUUUGGGGCCUCAUUUGGGGUCGGAUUUGGGGUUGGGGUCAGGUUUGGGGUCAGGGCAGGAUUUGGGGCCGGAUGGGGUCGGGGUCGGGUUUGGGGUCAGGGCCGGAUUUGGGGUCAGGUUUGGGGUCAGGGCCAGGAUUUGGGGUCGGGUUUGGGGUCAGGGCUGGAUUUGGGGUCAGGUUUGGGGCCGGAUUUGGGGUCAGGUUUGGGGUCGGGUUUGGGGUCAGGUUUGGGGUCAGGUUUGGGGUCAGGUUUGGGGCCGGAUUUGGGGUCAGGGUCAGAUUUGGGGUCAGGGUCAGGUUUGGGGUCGGGGCCCCGGCUGACCCUGAAGGAUUUCGAUGCCCUGAUCCUGGAGCUGGAGCGGGAACUGGGGACACGGCCGGACGUGGGGCUGGGACAUUGGGGACACCCAGGGGACACUGGGGACAUCGAGGACACGGCCGGACAUGGGGCUGUGACACUGAAAGGACAUCGUGGGGACAUCGAGGACAUCAAGGGGACAUCAAGGGGACACGGCCGGACGUGGAGCUGUGACACCGAGGGGACAUCGGGGACAUCGAGGGGACAUCGAGGGGACAUCGAGGACACAGCCAGAUGUGGGGCUGUGACACUGAGGGGACAUCGGGGACAUCGAGGGGACAUCGAGGAUGCCAAGAGGACACGGCCAGAUGUGGCCAGAUGUGACACCGAGAGGACAAUGGGGACAUCGUGGGGACAUCGGGGACAUUGUGAGGGCAUCGGGGACAUUGGGGACAUCGAGGGGACAUCGAGGGGACAUUCCCACCAAAAAUCCCCAAAAUCCCAAACGUCCCUGAAGCCCCUCCCCCCAUCAGGGCCACCAAUGUCCCCUCGGUGUCCCCUCAGUGUCCCCUCGGUGUCACCUCCCCGUCUUUGUCACUGUCCCCAAACUGUCACUGCAAUAAAGGACACGGCUCUUUAUUCCCACGGGGGUGGCACUGCCCAAAGUGUCCCCAAAGUGUCCCCAAGGAGGGGUGGCACUGCCCGAAGUGUCCCCAAGGGGGGGUGGCACUGCCCAAAGUGUCCCCAAGGGGGGGUGGCACUGCCCAAAGUGUCCCCAAGGGGGGAUGACAGCACCCAAAGUGUCCCCAAGGGGUGGUGGCACUGCCCAAAGUGUCCCUUGAGGAGAUGACAGUCCCCAAAAUGUCCCCUGCCAGCCCUUGGGGUCAGUCUGGUGGCACUCGGUGACUCUUGAUGACCCUUGGGGACACUCAGUGACACUCGGUGACCCUUGGGGACACUCAGUGACACUCGGUGACCCUGGGUGACACUUGGUGACACUCGGUGUCCCCGGGUGUCCCUCAGACGGACACGGAGCCCUGCCGGGAGUAGCCGGGGCCCAGCAGGGCGGUGACAAGGACGGGAUGGCCUUGGGGACACUCGGUGACCCUUGGGGACACUCAAUGACCCUUGGGGACCCUUGGGGACAGUCAAUGACACUUGGUGACACUCGAUGACACUUGGGGACCCUUGGGGUCACUCGGUGACCCUUGAUGACGCUUGGUGGCAUUUCAUGACCCUCGGUGACCCUCAGGGACACUCAGUGACCCUCAAGGACCCUCAAUGACACUCAAUGACAUUUGGUGACACUUGGUGACCCUUGGGGACA